UUUUAUUUUACGACUAAUAUUUGUUAAAGCUGAGAUGACCAAUAAAGAGGUUUUCCAUAAUCGUAGUUUUUUAUGUUUUUCAUGAGUUAUGAGAUGAGGCCCAAACCAUUUUCCAUUAUAUAAUUUAAGAUGAAAUCCUUAAUGACGUUAGGAGGAUUGCAUAUGCAUUACUCAAAACUUUUCCGUUUAUUUAGCCGGUGUUAUUAUUCAGGGAGACAGAGAAGAGAGAGAGAGAGGGGGGGAAACAACAGCGUGAUGAAGAUGGAGUUUUGAGAUAUGGUGAGAUUAGAGAGAGAAAGAGUGUUUAGUGUGGUGAAUUGGGGGGAUGGCAUCGCGUAGAGGAGGAGGAGGAGAGAGAGAGGGAAGCGUGAAGAGUAGGGUGGGGGAUGGGAUAUCGCAGGCAGUUCAAUCCACCUCUAAUCUCCUCCGAUUAAUGCAGGAAACCUCUCCCACUCACGCCCGGCUGAUGAAACUCCCUAAGAACCUUCUCACAAAGGCUUCCACUAUUAGAAACACUGGGCAAGUUUUGGAGAAAAUGCCUCUAGUUAUUUCAUCCUUGGAUGCAAAUCUAGACAAUGGGUUGCAGAGUGUUCAUCAUCUCCAAACCGUAAUCCAGUUACUCGAAAAAAUUGAAAGUAUUCAUACGAAUUCUAUUCCUCCCAACCUCAUCAAGGCAGAGAGGACCCAAAAUCUAACUGAUUGAUUGGAGAGGCAAUUAUGAGAAACGAGUUCUUCCUCUCGUGAAGGGUUUGAUUUAGUAAGAACAUAUUCACUCCCUAUGAUAAUUGAUGUGAAAUAGGAGAACUUUAUUCUUAAAGCAUAAACUUAUCUAACUUCAUAUGAGUUAUCGUGUAUAAUUUGCAUGGGGGUUUAUGAAUUUUGGAUACAAUUAAUGCAUGGAAAACUGACGACUUACCUGUCAUUGUUGCCUUGCUUGCAGAGAGUUACACAUUAGAUGUAAUGUACCUUUGGAUGAGAUAUACUCAUGUAUGUUUCUUUGCUUCUUAUGUCCCCCUUGAAUCUCUAUAUAUAAUUGAAUUAUUGAUAAUUUGAUGUGUGAA